AUGUCGAUCCGCCGUCUGGGCGCUUCGGAUUUUCGCGGAGUCCGCGAGCGCCGCUCCGGCGCCUUCUCCGCCGAGAUCUGGUUUCGCGAGAAACGUUUCGUCCUCGGCACCUUCGACACCGCAGAGGAGGCGGCCCGCGCGCAUGACGCGGCGGCGUGGCGCCUCCUGAGGCCUCGUCGGGACAUGAAUUUUUCCAACGUGUCGAGCCAGCGGGCGCAGGAUCUGGCGCCUCUCCCGCGGCUUUUCACCGACGAGGAUCGUCGUGUCCACCGGAGGCGGCAGCGUCGCCUCGCCAUCGCAGAGAAAGACGUGGAAGCCUUGAUGGUGUGGCACGGAAGCUUCCCGCAGGACAUCGUCGACGAGCGCCAGUUCUACAAGCAAUUGAGAUCGGAGAGGAACGCGAGGAGGGGGGAUCGAGCCGCCUAUCGGGAGGACAAGCGUUCGCGGAAGCAGGCAGCUUAA